AUGGGUAUAUCGCGCGAUUCAUAUCAUAAGCGCUACAAGACUGGUGCUACUCGCCCAAUUCCACACAAGAAGAGAAAGUAUGAGCUCGGUCGUCAACCUGCCAACACUAAGAUCGGUCCAAAGAGGGUUCAUAUCAUUCGUGUGCGAGGCGGAAAUAAGAAAAUGCGUGCACUCCGCUUAGAUGCAGGAAAUUUCUCAUGGGCAACUGAGCGUGAGUUACUUCAAGUGGUAGAUUCUCCCUGUUUUUCAAUUAGUAAUGUUAUGAUUUAUCUUUCAUCGACUUGAGG